AUGUCACAAUCCGUCAGCCCCCGAGGCCAAAACAACAAUAUACCAAAUCAAUACGCAACCUACCAACCACGCCAAAUACCCUACUCUGCGCAUUUCGAAAACGCCCUCCACCACAUCCUCGAAUACCCUCCCCGCUCUCGCGAUGGCAUCUUUAUAAUCCCAAAUGACUCGUCCGAGCAACCGAAACAAGGCGUCUCUGUGCGCGCAAGAGAUGUGGAUCCGACAUCUUUGCCGCAAGUCACACUACAACAUUUACCACUCAGUAUCCAUGACCCGAGGAGGAUAUUCGCGAGUCCGGUGCCGGGCAUUAGGUUGACGCAUCCGGGCGGUUAUCUGGAAGGGGGGCCUGGUCCAUCGCCCGAAGAUCAGAGGAGUUGGGCGAGGGACUUUGUGGCGAGGGAGGGUGUAGUUGGGCAAGAGGGCUUGGGCAUGGCGGUGCAGCAUCACAUGCAGCAGAAUAUGGCACUGGCAAAAGAGCGCAUGCGAGCGCGUUAUGAUGCUCAACAGCAGAAUGCGCGUGUGGAAAAGGAGAUCAAGACGUUGAUGGAUCAGAGGGAGAUGGAGGUCAAGAUCGAGACGCGCAUGAAGGAGGAUGCGAAGAGAAGGAGGGAGAAUCGUGAGCACAAGAGGAAGAUACCCGCUGUGUGA